UUUUUCAACAUUAUUAUUAUAACUAUUAUUAUUAUUUUUAUUAUUAUCAUUAUAACUAUUAUUAUUAUUAUUAUUAUUAUUAUUAUUAUUAUGUCGCCUCCCUCCAUACCGCUCGCCCAUCACCGCAACUGAAGACGACGACGGCGUUUUACGUUUUUCGCGAUUUACGAAAUCCUUACUAUCAACGUUUUCGGACGCACAGAAUCCGGCCGCUGCCGCCGCCGUAUUAUUAUUAUUAUUAUUAAUAUCGUUUUCUUCGCGGUCGAACAACACGUCCGGCACGGCCAUUGUGGCUGUCGAGUACACACCGUUCGCCUUUUUUUAUUACAUUUUUAUUUCAUUUUUUUUUUAUUUUACUCCUCGUCGCCGAGUAUAUCCGUGCGUGCAUGUGUGCGACAGUAUACGUGAGUGUGUGUGCGUGUUCGUGCGCGCGCGUCGUCUUGCACACACAUAAUAUAUAUAUAUACAGUUUAUAAUACAUAUGUGUAUAAAUAAUAAUAGUUUAUAUACAUAGAGAGAGAUACGUGUAUGUGUACGGUGUAUAUGUAUUAUAAAAAUAAUAAGUUACGUAUCGUACGUUUAUACAAAUAAACACUUUUAUAUACAACGUUGGAUACGUUCGUAACGUAAACGGAAAUAAUUGCCGGCCGAUGGCAGCGUAGGCAGUACAGCGAGUGUCAGCAGCAGCAUACUCCGAUCCUCAGCCACUGUAGAAGGAAGAAUCGAGUCGUCCGUCACAAUUUCCGUUUUUCGACUGCAGUCAUCGCUGUGAUGCAUUCGAUACUCUGAGUUCGAUCUAUUAGCAAUGAGCCACAACAUGGGUGGCAUGGCCCCUUACGUCACGUUACCGAGAGGCCGUAAUCAAAUGGCGUAUUACAACCAAUGUCAAGACAUGCCGCCUCAUAUGCAGAGAGGCCACUGUUAUCCAGAUGAUUUCAAUAAAAUGGGUGGACCCUGCUCGAUGUUGCCUAUGGGCAAUGAGUUUAAAUCACCAAUGAUGACUCCAGAUCCACCUCCACCACCUCCAGCUAAAAAAAAGCGGCGUACUUCUAAUGCUGCUACUGUGACGAAUCAUGCACCUCAACCACCACCACCAUCACCUCAAGAUUUACUUCCACCACCAUUAACUGGUUAUGGAGAUACUAUAGUCGCUUCAAACCCUUUUGAUGACACCCCACCACCACAAGUGAUGAAUACAAAUCAUAUGAACAGACAAAUGAUGAAUUCUCGACCCAUGAUGUCUGGUAGUCCUUGCCACCAAAUGGGUGGCUCACCUAUGAAUUGUGGUCCACCUAUGGGUAGCCCAAUGGGUGGACCAUGUGGUAGUAGUCCACACAGAAAUCCAAUGGUAUGUGGACCCCCUAUGAUGAGUUGUGGUGCACCAGGCAAUAGUCCACAUGCCUUAUCUAUGAAUCGAAGUCCUUCUGCUAUGGGCAGUCCACAUAUGGUGCCAAAUAUGCGUGGCAACAGCCCUAUGGAAUGUGCUGCCAUGGUAAAACCGUCUUUGAAUUGUGCUUCACCUAUGGGUAGUCCCAUACCUCAAAAUACCAAUAUGAACAUUCAUCCACCAAUGUCUAGUCCCAUGACAAUGGGUCCUUCACCACUUAACGGUCAUCCUAACUCAGGUCCUGGUGGCAGUCCCAUGAUGAUGGGCCGAGGGGGCCCUUCACCUUUAACAAAUAGUCCAAUGUCAAUGAAUAUGCCAGUAAGCUCAGCGGACAUGAAUGAUAUGAGUCCACACAUGUCAGUAGAUAAUAAUGGUUGUCCAGUACGUGGUCCUCCAUGUCCAGGAUCCAACAACAUGACAUCUGUUUCCAUGGCUUGUAGGCAACCAAUGUCAAAUCAACAGUGCAAUAGUAUGCCUGGGCCUAGUAAUAUGAUGAACUGUCCAAGAGGUAUGCCCUGUCCCCAGAUGAUGCGGGGUCCACCUCAACCUUCUGAACAACAUAGACUUAUGCCUCCUAUGAUGCAUCAUUCUCAAAUACCCAAUAGUCAACAACCAGGUGGAUAUGGGCCUGGACCUAAUUCUAAACCAAUGCCAGUGUCGGCUGGAAAGAUUUACCCUCAUGAUCAACCAAUGGUGUUCAAUCCACAAAAUCCAAAUGCCCCACCAAUUUAUCCUUGUGGUAACUGUCAUAAAGAAGUGCAUGACAAUGAUCAAGCUGUUUUAUGUGAAUCUGGUUGUAAUUUUUGGUUUCAUAGGGUUUGUACAGGCUUGAUGGAGCCUGCGUUCCAGUUACUUACAGCCGAAGUAUACGCUGAGUGGGUGUGUGACAAAUGUCUACAAACAAAAAAUAUACCUUUGGUAAAAUACAAACCCUAACGAAUACAUUUAACAUCUCUCAACCCUAAAUGACUUUAGCUUUCAUGCACUGAUUGUUACAAUAAUUACAGUGCUUCAAACCUUCAGUGGAUUAAGUACUUAAUCUCAGUUACAAGCAUUAACACAAUUUAAAAUACUUAUUAUUCAUAUAUGGAUUAUAAUUUAUAUGAAAUCAAAAAUAAUUAUUUUUGAGUUAUUGUCAGUCUUAUAAUUUUUGUUUUAUAUUUAUGUGUAUAUUAUAUUUAUAUAUGUGUGCAUAUAUAUUAUAUAUAUAUAUAUUACAUAUAUUUUUUUAUUGAGUUACGACUGAGGUUCAAAAUGAUAAUGUGUAGCGUAUAAAAAUUCCUCCUUUGUACUCAUCAGUAUUUCAACUACUUGCAUACAUUGAGCGUUUUGCCAUUUGAUUUUUAUUUGGCAUUUAAAAAAUCUAAAGUUCCUUCGAAUAUACAACAAAUUGGGCCUUUUCCUUUUCAAUCUAUUAAUGCAUUGUCUUAUUGCCACUUUUUUCUUCUUUAUUAUUUUAAUUUUAUUACUUUUUUCACAAUUGAAUUGUUUUUGUAUAAUGCAGAAUGCUCUUAAUAAUGUCAUGAUUUAUUAUAUAUUUGUGUAUAUCUGUUGUCAUUGGUUAUAAAUACUUGUAUUUGUAAUCAAUGAUGUAAUAAAGAAACAUUUUUUUUUUUUUAGAAAAUAAUUUAACACAAUCAAUAUGUUUGUAAAUAGUUAGUUCAAUUAAAAAA